CACGUGGGAUGCGCACAUGCGCAGUCGUGCAGCCCCGCUCCCUUCCGCGGCGGCGAGCAGAGCGACCGGCGGCUCCCGGUGCUCGUGCGCUCUAGGCAGAUUGUCUAAAGCCACAGGGAAAAUGGUGGAAAAUUCACCGUCGCCAUUGCCAGAAAGAGCGAUUUAUGGCUUUGUUCUUUUCUUAAGCUCCCAAUUUGGCUUCAUACUGUAUCUUGUGUGGGCAUUUAUUCCUGAAUCUUGGCUCCAUUCCUUAGGAUUAACCUACUGGCCUCAAAAAUACUGGGCAGUUGCAUUGCCUGUCUACCUCCUCAUUACUAUAGUAAUUGGUUACGUACUCUUAUUUGGAAUAAACAUGAUGAGUACUUCUCCACUCAACUCCAUUCAUACAAUCACAGAUAACUAUGCUAAAAAUCAGCAGGAGAAGAAAUACCAAGAAGAGGCCAUCCCAGCAUUAAGAGAUAUUCCUAUUAGUGAAGUAAACCAAAUGUUCUUCCUUGCAACCAAAGAACCGUAUGCCAAAAACUCCUGUAUUUCUGUGGUAGGAGCAUGUCCCCACACUUCAGAGCGGUUUGAGAGGACCAGUUGGCUCCAUCCAGGAGAAGGAUCCUUCCCGUUCCACCCCUGACUCCAGCCACUGAUGCACUCGUGAUCAGGUCCACACAGGGGCCACUCAGCAGUGCACCCUGGAGAGAGAGGACGUCAACACCCAAAGGACACCGUGGAGCUCACUGUGGGGCAGGCAUCCAUCCCCCAACAGAGCGGUUGUGAGCUGAAUUUAUUCAGCAUCGGAGGAGGUCUCCGGAGACUGAGCUGCAGUCGCCAUGGCAACGGUGCCCUCGGUAACGCAGGCCUGCGUUGGCUCUUCUCAGUUUUGCUCCCUUGCUGCCCACGCCUUCCUAAUGUCACUUUCCAAAUAAACUGCCUACACACAAGU